GUCCUCGCUGGACUUCCGCCCCGCCGCCGGCUGCCUCCGUCAUGGCGCUCUUCGAGCAAAUGCGGGCUAAUGUGGGGAAGCUGCUGAAGGGCAUCGACAGAUACAAUCCAGAGAACUUGGCUACCUUGGAACGCUAUGUGGAGACCCAGGCCAAGGAGAAUGCCUACGACCUGGAAGCCAACCUGGCUGUACUGAAGCUGUAUCAGUUUAACCCUGCCUUCUUCCAAACCACGGUGACAGCUCAGAUCCUCUUGAAAGCCUUGACCAACCUGCCCCACACGGACUUCACUCUCUGCAAGUGCAUGAUCGACCAGGCUCACCAAGAGGAGAGACCCAUCCGUCAGAUCUUAUAUCUGGGCGAGCUUCUGGAGACCUGCCACUUCCAGGCCUUUUGGCAAGCACUGGACGAGAACAUGGAGCUCCUGGACGGAAUCACCGGGUUUGAAGAUUCAGUUCGGAAAUUUAUUUGCCACGUGGUGGGAAUCACGUACCAACACAUCGACCGGUGGUUGCUGGCCAAGAUGCUGGGCGAACUCACAGACAACCAGCUGAAAUCCUGGAUGAGCAAGUACGGUUGGACGGAGCCAGAGCCUGGGACCAUCUUCAUCUGCAACCAGGAGGAGAGUGUCAAGCCCAAAAACAUCGUGGAGAAGAUCGACUUCGACAGUGUCUCCAGUAUCAUGGCUUCUUCACAGUGAAGCAGCUUCUUCGAGUACGUCACGUUGCCAGCUGGGUGUAUUCCUUUGUUGUACAACCAAUAAAUGACUUUUAGCUAGCCCAA